GUCACACCAAAACGAAAACGUCGCAAACACAAAGCGCAGAGAAAGAGGGAAAAACAGAGAAACGGAGGAAAACAGAGGAGCAGUAGGGCAGCAAAGCACAGUGCAGAAAAGAGCAAAGGAACUCCGAUUGUGGACAGGAUGAACAACGGAUUCAGCACCGGCGAGGAGGACAGCCGCGGGCACACGGACCAGACCUGCUGCCUGAUCGACGACAUGGAGCGGUGUCGCAACCAAGCCGGCUACGCCAGCUACAGCAAACGCAUCCAGAAGACGGUGGCCCAGAAGCGACUCAAGCUCAGCAGUGAUCCUGCGGCGCAGCACAUCUACAUCUGCGACCAUCACAAGGAGCGCAUCCAGUCCGUGCGGACCAAGCGGCGCCGCAAGGACAGCGAGGACGACAGCAACGAGACGGACACGGACCUGCACGAGUUCCCCGAUCUCUACCAGCUGGGCGUGAGCACGCUGCGUCGCUACAAGCGCCACUUCAAGGUCCAAACGAGGCAGGGCAUGAAGAGGGCGCAGCUGGCAGAUACCAUUAUGAAGCACUUCAAGACAAUACCCAUAAAGGAAAAGGAGAUCAUCACGUUCUUUGUGUACAUGGUGAAGAUGGGCUCGAAUAAGCUGGACCAGAAGAACGGCCUUGGCAACGACACCACCUGAAGGCGCGUCGGCGGGCGGAGGGAGGAGGAGGACGCCGACGACGUUUACUCCUUCUAACGCUGGCCAACCGCCAGUUAAUACUUCUCACAUUGUUGCUGCAUUUGCUGGACGUCGGCAUUGUUCACCCAAAAAAGGAAAACGAAAAUACUGAUAGCGAAAUGUCCUUCUCAUCUCUAACCCCCAACCUACACCACCACCACUGCCCAAAAUCCUUUCAACUCCCAGGAUAAAAAGAUAUUGAAAAGAAAACUGCAAUGAAAAAUCGUAAGGAAAAAGGCAACUGGUGCUCCCAAAAAAUAGUUUAGCAAGAUAAAAGUAAUCUUAACCUAAAACAAAAAAAUUUACAAACUAAUUGUAGCCUUGGUCCGUUGUUAAUAGCUCUUUAUACACACAUUACAUUAAAUAAACUAUGUAAAUUUACAAGAGAAUUAACAAAAAAACACACAACACUGAAUCUAA